UGACAGAAAAUGUUUCGUAAUUUCAACAAAAUUUUACCGUGUUUUUGCUUUUCUGUGGAGACUUAUCGUUAAACACUGUCUAUAAACUCCUGGUUCAAACCAGACGGAUGUUAUGCUAAAUAAAAUACAUCUCCGUACGGGGUUUCUACUUUUACAACAUGAGCACCUCAGGUCCUUCUGUGAAGAUGAAAAGCUAUAUGGGACAACACCAGAUCAAGAAGAAAAGGAGGUAAACCUCAUCAACAGAUUCAUAUAUCAUUAAGAUUAGGUCAGUACAUUUUAGUAGUAAGGGAGAGUGGGGUAAGUUGAGCCAGUGGGGUAAGUUGAGCCACCCCCUGUUGCUUGGAAAUAGUAAAAGAAAUUGAUCAUGUGAGGGAUACGGCUUACUUUUUUUUGGCAUGCUAUAUUAUCAAGACAGUUCUGUUUACACUCAUUCUGUUGGUUUGCAGGGAUGAACAACAUCUUCAAAUAUAAGCAGAUUCACUAGUUAGAGACAAAACUAUGAUUGCCUUGAUGUAGUGAUCUGAAAAUAUGAAAAAUGGCUCUUCUAACCCCACUCUCCCGUAAUGGUCAGAUUGCAGUAUUUUCCUUUUGCGUCAUUUCUGUCACUGAGCACCUGUCUUUACUUAUGACCCACAUCUGUCUGAGAACAGCUUCCAAGCCCCUGCAGAGCCACCAGACCGAGACAGAGUACUGCAAGAAAAACCCUGUCCUUCCUGCCAAACAAAGAGACCAGAAGACAUGGCCCCCAAGGUGAAUGUCCCACAGUGUUCUCCAAACAAAUCUCUGACACUUAUUCUCAAAUGACUCAUACUUAACUACUUUCAUGGCAGGAUGGAGGACCUGUUUUUCCACUAGGAGAGUCCACAUUAGCCCUUGAUGAAGAGAUGCUACAGGUGUUGGAUGCUGCAGACCCUGUGAAGCCUGCAGCUGAAUCCUCUCGUGCUGCAAAAGUUAACAGGAAUAAACAAAAAGAGCCGCCAGUAUCAGCUGCCCCGUCACAGCCCCUUGUAUUAGAUACAGACAAUGUAAGGGAGAGUCACAAAGAAUCUCAGCCUAAAGGACCCCACAAAGCCCCCAAUAUUCGUGAGGUUGUACGUGAGUGUGGUGGUGACAGUAAGAGACCAGGAUGGAGUCUUGAAGACUGCAAAAACCUUGCUCAGAGGCUCCUCUUUAGUGAGGACUCUGGUGAAUCCCAUCAAGAAACAAAACCAGCUCAGCAAGAAGCCCUUACCACCAAGUGAGUCAAUGCUCAGUUUUACUAGUGUUAGUUAUGUGCCGCUUUGCUUUUCUGUGAACAUUAUUUCCCCUUUUCCCCUUUCAUCAGGCAGAACACACCCAGAAAAAAGAGCUCACCCUCUAACAAAGACAAAAGUGAGAUGACCAUGAAUAACGAUCCGCCUCCAGAUGUAUCCAGAAACUAUAUCUUGUUUAGUCCCACCGACGUUGCAGCAGCCAUGGCGAAGGCUAAACUCCAGCGGUCGAUGCAGAACCAGUCUGUCUCUGUGCUCACAGUCCCCAGUGGAUUAGACCUCAGUACUCUGAAUGACACCGUACAUCAGCCAGGUGAAGGAAUUCAAGUGAAAUCGUUCAACAUCAUGAAGGGUGAUGUUUUUGUAUCAUGGUGCUGUACAUCCUUUUUGCACUUUUUCAUGGUUAGAUCAGGGUGCUACUUGGGAGAAAAGGUACUGCUUGACCAUGACCUCCUGUUUCCUUUAAUUUUCUGUACCUGUCAUACAGCUUCUCCACUCUUGAAGACUGGCUUGUAAUUAAGAUAGCACUUUGCCGUUUUGGUAGAGUCUAAAUUAAGGAAUCAUCAAUGUGAGCACAAAACUGAAAUAAUUCAAGUGUAAAACUAAACUUAAUCUAUGUUUAACACACCACCAUACUUUUUAUGCACUAAAAAAAACCGGAAAAGUCAAAUAUAGUGUAUGUGUUCCCUCACUUAACAUUAUUGUGUUGCACUUGUGCUGUCACCAAAGGCCAAAAUCUGAUUAUAUUAAUCAGUAAAUGACAUCAGGAAAGAUCACUUGCAUUAACUCACAUCUGCAUCAUGGAGUUUAACAAUUAUUGGCAUGCUGGUGGCCCACUAGUGGCACACCAUCCAUCAGUGGCUCUUUGAGUGCCACACUCUAGCCAAAUCUUGCACCUCCUAUACCUGUUGUCCAGUUUUCCCCAGAUCAUAUCAAGAGUUGAAUAUAUGUCAUCUUGGAAUGUUUUGUCGUAUUUUAAAUAAUCCAAAUAUUACUGUCACAUCUCUCUAUGCUUCAUUUUAGGCAUUGCCUUGCAUGCUCCUGCAGGACAAGCUGAGAAGCUGCUGCUUUCCAGCUGGGGUUUACCGAAACCUGUCCUUCAACGCUACGAGAAACACGGAGUGACUCACAUGUUCGAAUGGCAGGCUCAAUGUCUCACUGUGGGAGAGGUGCUGCAGGGGAAAAACCUGGUAUACUCUGGUAAGACACUGAACAACUCUCUAUGAAGAGAAAACUGCUGUGUACAGUUUAACAAUCCUUCUCUUUCAGCUCCAACAAGUGCAGGGAAAACUCUGGUGUCAGAGCUGCUGAUGCUGAAGCGUGUGUUAGAGACCAAAAGGAAAGCUCUCUUCAUUCUGCCGUUUGUCUCUGUGGCCAAAGAGAAGAUGCACUAUCUUCAAGUGAGAGAUUGGUAGCCCUUUCAAACACAUGUACUGUUUUGUCCUUCCCUGCCUAACAGAUUUGUUUCUUGGCCUUGUAGAGUGUGUUUGCAGAGGCAGGAGUGCGUGUGGAGGGUUACAUGGGCAGCACAUCUGCUGCAGGGGGAUUCAAAUCCCUGGAUGUGGCUGUUUGCACCAUAGAAAAGGCAAAUUCUCUGAUAAACAGACUCAUUGAAGAGGACAGCAUGGGAUUACUAGGUAGUGUUCCUGUUGUAGAUCUUUUCUUGCGUAUAAAAAGGUAAACAUUUUUAAGCGUGUUACAUUUGUUUUACUAGGUAUGGUGGUGGUUGAUGAGUUACAUAUGGUGGGGGACUCUGGAAGGGGGUAUCUCCUGGAGCUGGUCCUAACCAAGAUCCGCUUUAUUGCACAGAAACAGAACACCUCUGGGUUAGUAUCUGUUAUUCCACUGUUGUUGGAUCCUUUUAUUCUUGCUACAGGUCCUUGUAAGUCUAUCCCUUCAACUCUCUCUGCAGGUCUCUUUCUGAGGGUGUACAGAUUAUAGGUAUGAGCGCCACCCUGCCCAACCUAUCCCUCCUGGCUAGAUGGUUGGGUGCAGAGCUUUACCAGACAGACUACAGACCUGUACCCCUGCAGGAGCACCUAAAGGUGGGCUGCAACAUAUACGACAAGAACCUCUCCGUGGUACGGCAGUUCACCCCUGCUCUCCGUGUCAAGGUAAGAGCAUCAAGCUCAGAAAUGAUUAAACAUACUUGUUGUCAUGAUGUUUCCCACCCUAUAAAAGACCAUUAACACUGUUUAAAUUUGGACUUUGAUUCAGGGCGAUGAUGACCACAUCGUGAGCUUGUGCUACGAGACGGUGAGAGAGAGCCGCUCUGUGCUGCUGUUCUGCCCAUCUAAGAACUGGUGUGAGAAACUGGCAGACAGCAUCGCAAGAGAAUUCUACAACCUCAGACACUCUGGUACUUUGGAUUUAUGUAUCAUCCGCUGGUAGAGCCAUUUGUGCACUACUGAUAAUGUGACAGAUAAUUAAUAAUUUUAUUAUUUAUUCUGAUUAGAAUUCUGAGAGACUGAACAGUUGUAUAGUUUUACUUUAAAGUUUAAUUGAAGCCGAUUACUACUGCAGCUCUCCUAAUUAGUGCAGCUGUGGGUCUUUGAGAGCACAAUAGUUUUUGACCGUGUUUACAUCGGGUCUUGAUUUCGUCUUUAUCGUUUUGUUAUGCAAAGUAAACCUCCAAGUAAAUUCAAGAAAGGAAAGAUAGACGACUGUGGUGCUUUAUUAUGGAAAUACACGUCAACUACACGCUCUGGUUCGUCACCUCAGAGGGUCUUCAAUCAUUAGACGGAGCUGCACUCACAUCCACAAAUUAUUUAACUCUUGUGCAAUCUGUGUUUUUACUGCUAGCAAGUCAAGUUGUGGUAUCUAGAAUAUUUUUCUUAACUGACUGAUAAUCAGUCACACAAAAAGUCCGCAGAUGUGCAGAAGGGUGUAAAGUUAAAAAGCCUACAUCAAAGCCUAUGAGCAGGUGACUGUGGAGAGACGGUCUCUUAACUCUACAUUCUUCUUUCAUGCUUUCAGAACAUCAGGGUGUAGCAGACCUGGAGCCUGUAAGUUUGGACCAGGAGAGACUGGUGGAUGUUAUCGCCCAGCUGAGACGAACUCCAGCCGGCUUGGAUCCCAUCCUGCAGCGAACCGUACCAUGGGGAGUGGCUUUCCACCACGCUGGUGAUCACAACCACACAAACUACUCACCAUAAGAAACUGCAUGUAGAACGUUGCUUUUUUAAUUCAGGUGUACAAAUGAGAGAAGAAGUGUGUGUCUUCAGGUUUGACGUUUGACGAGCGAGAUGUGUUGGAGGGAGCUUUUCGUCAGGGCAUGCUCAGAGUCUUGGCUGCCACCUCCACCCUCUCCUCAGGGGUUAACCUCCCGGCUCGAAGAGUCAUCAUUCGAACCCCCACCUUCAAUGGACGCCUGUUGGAUCCACUCACAUACAAGCAGAUGGCCGGACGAGCAGGGAGAAAAGGAGUGGAUACAACAGGUAAGGAUGGAAGAUUGGACAAAAAAGUGGAAUGAACAAGUUUGUUUUUGAGGUGAAAAGUUAAUUGAAAUCAAAAAAUAUUAUGUAAGUCUGAUGAUUUUGAUUUUUUCCUUUCAGGUGAGAGUGUGUUGGUUUGUAAGGAAGCAGAGCGUCAGAAAGGUGUGAGUCUGCUGACAGGUUCUCUUCAGCCUAUCAGCAGCUGCUUGGUGAGAAAAGAGGGAGAGGGCGUCACCACCAGCAUGCUGAGAGCUAUCCUAGAGGUGAGGUUGAUUAUGCUGUCGAGUAAGAAUGCAUGUAAACAACCACAAGGAUCAAGAAAGAGGGAAUUCCUUCUUAGACAAUUUCUCUUUGCAGAUUAUCGUUGGGGGUGUGGCCAGCACUCCACGGGAUGUGAAGCUGUAUGCUUCUUGUUCUCUUUUGGCUGCCAGCAUGAGAUGUGACAACAAGGAGGAAUCAAAUGAAGGAACAAACAAAGGAGCUAUUGAGGCCUGUGUCGAAUGGCUGAUGGAGAAUGAAUUUAUCAGUAUUCAAGGAGAGGAAGGAGGUACUGCAAAUUAUGCUCUGUUCUUCAUUAUUUAGCAAGUAUCAGUGACAUAUAAAGAAAUGUGUAUUUUUCAGCAAAUUAAGCCACUGGUUGAAGAGUUGUCUUACUUAAUUUAGAUUCUAUAAAUCAGUAUUUUUGGGCAACCCAGAUUUACCACUUAAGUUGUGAUGACAAAUCUAGUCUAUCUAACAUGAUGGCUGUAGAAAUGAAAUGCACUCUUUGGAUGAACACAGUUGUCUGAAUCUGGAUCUGCAAACACCUUUAACUACUCUGUUUUCUUGACAUGUCCAGAGGAGCGGUAUUGUCAGACCCAGCUGGGUGCUGCCACCCUUUCGUCCUCCCUCUCCCCUCCUGAGGCUCUGGGAAUAUUUGCAGAUCUGCAGCGAGCCAUGAAGGGCUUUGUCUUAGAAAACGACCUGCACAUCCUGUACCUGGUACACGAGUCUUUUAUGGUUAUUUUUCAGACAAACUUCUGUCAACUUUAUUCAUUAAUUGUCAUCUCUGAACUCUCACCAAUACACUCCUAAUAGACCUUUCCAAAUACAGGAUCCAAACUAGUCCCCCAGAGAACACUGUAAAACUCUGUGUCCACAUGCUCCUCAGAUCACACCCCUGUAUGCAGAGUGGACCACCAUAGACUGGUAUCAGUUUUUCUGUUUGUGGGAGCAACUGUCAUCAUCAAUGAAGAGAGUCGCAGAGCUCGUGGGCGUCCAGGAAGGUUUUCUUGCUCGAUCUGUUAGCGGCAAACUGGUCACCAAGACUGAGAAGCAGCGGAGGCAGAUGGCUAUUCAUAAAAGGUGGAGCAUAUGUUAGUUCACACCUCGAUUUACAUGGUAACCUUUGUGUUGGUAUACUAAAGAAUUAGUAUUUUCAGGUAGGGCUGGGCGAUAUGGCCUAAAAUCAAUAUCAUGAUAUAUUGAGCAGUUCACCUCGAUAACAAUAAAUGGACGAUAACUACUCCACAAGCUGCUCACCCCCUCCUACACUAACUUUGUCUACUUCAGCCGCUACAACUUUUGUGGCAUAGGACAGCGUCUUAAAGGGACAUGACCAUAGCCUACCUACACACUAAAACCAACUUUUAUUUAUUUAUUUUUUCGACACCAAAUAUAUUGACAUGGGCAAAAUGAUAUUGGUUAUUGUCGUAAAUUUCGAUAAAGGCAAAUUUUCGGUUUAUCGCCCAGCCCUAUUUUCAAGUUCAUUUUGUGUUAUAACUGUCUUCAUUUGUUUGUGUUUUUUCAGCUUCUUACUGUUGUAGAUAUAUUACAUAAGAGGAUCUCAGAGUUACUUAAACAAACCACAGAAAGAUGAAUCGCAAACACAGAAAGUCACAUGAGACUUAUUAUCUCCUCACAGGUUCUUCACCACCCUUGUGCUUCAGGAUCUGGUGAAUGAGGUUCCUUUGGCAACGGUGGCAUCCAAAUAUAACUGCAAUCGUGGGCAGUUACAGUCUCUGCAGCAGUCUGCUUCUACAUAUGCAGGUAAGUUUCAUGUUACACGCUGGAACAUAUUGAAAAUUCAACAUAAGACUAUAAAUGGAGGGCAGGUAUAGUAACUUGAUGCAAGACGCAGAGGCACUUUAGACUGACGGAGAAACAGCCUAGACUCCAUUAGCUGAUGUUUCAGCACAUGCAUGCUUCUGUCAAAUCCAUGUAUCCAUUAUUCUAAAGUGCAAAUGUGUCUCGCAUCAGGUUGCUUUCAGAGAGUUUUAUGAGAUCAGUAUCUUGAUUUUCUUGUAAGUGUGACUCUAAACCCAUUAUCCAGUCUAACAGAAACAACCCCCCCCCCAUUCUCCUCAGGUAUGGUAACAGUGUUCUCCAAGCGCCUGGGCUGGCACAACAUGGAGCUGCUGCUGUCUCAGUACCAGACCAGGCUGAGCUUUGGAGUCCAAAGGGAACUGGUUGACCUUGUCAGAGUUUCUCUCCUGAAUGCAACACGAGCUAGAACACUGUACGCCCAAGGCUUCUGCACUGUAGCUGAACUGGCCAGAGCCACUGUAGCUGAUGUGGAGAAAGCCUUGAGGAAUGCUGUGCCAUUUAAGAGGUACAUGUGUGUUUAAUUAUUUGUGUGUGUGUGCUCCAUUAGGAUAUUAAUCCAUUAUGGAUCAGAGUCAACAAAACUACCAGCACACAGAUGGCAUAGAAACCAGAAUCAACAGCCGAGACUUGUACUUUAAGAAGCACUUCACGUCCUGCUGCUGUUCUCUUAAAGGAUUUUAGUGAUAGCCCAAAACCAUUCUGAUACCUUUAGUUCAUUUACCAUAGAGAAUAAUACAGAUGCAUCCACAUAUCAUUCAGACUUUUCUGGACAACUAUCUAAAAACUAAAGUCCCCGUCAACACAAAACAUCAAACUAAGGUUUAGUGGUUAAACAGUGAAUUAAUGCUGCUUUAAUUACCUUUGUAAAUAAACAGCAUGCUAAACCUUUCCCUCAUUUAUAUAUUGAUUUUUUUUACUUUGCUUUUAAAAUCUGAGGAGAGCUACAUUAAUUUUAUAACAUCAGCACUCUUAAUUUGGCAUCAUUCAUUGGUGCAAAUUUUUCCUUUUUCCUUUGGAGAUUCAAAACCUGGUAAAAAGCAGCAGAUCUGGUAUUUGUUGUGAAUAAAUCUCAGCCUUUGAGGUUUUAAGAUGCAGUUUUAAAUGGAUGUUUGUUCUUUUAAUGGUUGAACCACGACCUCAGAAGAAAUGUAAUUAAAUGCACUUCACAUACACUUAACGUGCAUGAGGAUUCGAAGUCAGUUGUGAGGGAUACGUUAAUGCUUGUGCAUUAAAUCCAAACCACAGUGUAACUUAAAUGGACAAUGUUCAUAUCCCAGAAGGAUCAAUCAGGUUAUAAUGGUCCGGUUUAUGAAUCCCUUAAUGCUGUACUGGCAAAUAAUGGCCGUGUUAGGCCCUGUUAUGAUGUGAGGUGAACCGUCUAGCUUGUUAGGUCAAUAACCUCCUCGUUAAAGUUAAAAAGUCAGAAUUACACAAUGAGAACUCGUGGAAAUUGGCACAUUUCCCAGAAUAUGGUCCUGAAGAGACAAAAGAACUUUAAAAAACUUCAUAAACAUCAAAAAUCAAAGCUUGCUUAAACUAAAUACAACACAAAUGUCUGUGACUUUGUUACUUUGUGUGUCCCUCAGCUCUAAGCGAGCGGUAGACGAGAGCGAGAUGGAGGCAGCUGAGAGAAGGAACCUCCGCUGUGUCUGGGUUGCUGGAGGUCAAGCCCUGACAGAGCAAGAAGCAGCUGUGGAGAUAGUAUCUGAGGCAAGGCUCCUCCUCCAGGAAGACCUGGCCCAGUUGGGGAUCCAGUGGGAUCCGGCAUCACUCCCUCCAGAGGCUCCAACUGUGAGCAGCUCACAGGACAGACAUCCAUCGUCUGCAUCCAGUGUCAGCUCCCCCGCAGCACAGAUUGACAACAGUGAAGAUCACAGAGAGGGAGACAGAGUCAAAACAAGCGAGAGCAAAGAUGUGGACAAACAUGAAAAGGGGAAUAAUAAGGAACAUGAAUCUAAAGGCAGGAUGGAUGAGAGGAUAAAGGAAAAAGCAGAGACUGAAGAAGAAACACAAGAUAAAAAGUCCAGACCUGAAGUCCUGUUAGAAAACAGGCAAACGCCUAACAAAGAGCCGUUAGAAGGAAACAAACCAUCAGAAAAAGAGGAGACUAAUAAACAGAACUUAAAACUGAAUGAUACUAAAGAUCCAGAAGGAGAAAAACAAAAACACACAAGGUGUAAAAGAGGAGAGACAAAAGAAAAGAGACCAAACGAGGAGAUAAACUCAGUCCAAAGAAACUCCCCUGGUCCUAAAAGGAGCUUGACUCAGGAGCUGGCUGAGAUUUUAUCCAGUCCUCUCCUUCAACCCACACCACAUCCUCAGUCACCACCUCCUUCACCAAUGCCUCCACCUCGAUUCAGAGCUCCGGUGUCCCACUCAGAGCGACACAGUGUGAUGUCAAGAGAAGACAGUGCCAAGGGGAUUGUUGCCUCACCUGUGCAGACAGGUAGACUGAAGCACUCCAGCGCUUUGAAAAAAGUACUCCACUCUAUCCAGACUGACAAAAGCCCUAAAGAUGGAGCAGAGGCUGCACAGAUAUCCCACUCAACACCCACUGUAUGCAGAGUCCCCGCUGCAGUUCAAGACCCAGUGCAAGAAAAACCUCUUAGUGUUUCUACACCUGCUAACCUGGAUACGAUAGACUCCCCCCUGUCUGCCUCUCCCGCUUCAGUCCCCUUAUUCUCACCAAAAGCCAAACGAAGACGGGUUGACAGCGUGGAGGUGGAUAAGUUCUCAUCACCUGAGCUGUAUGCAGGACAUGAGGGAGAGGAGGAAACUGAUGGAGAAGUUCAAAAAGGAGAGGACAGUUUUGGAGAAAGUUUUGAAUUGGACACUCAGACAGAGAGAAUGAUUGUUCAGCAGGCUGGGCAACAUAGAGAUGGAAACGAUAAGGGUGUGAAUCAGUCAGCUGAAACACAAACGAUGAGGGAGAGGGAAACAGUAGAGGCGGAUGUAGAGAUGGAGAAAGACACAGAUGAUGGGAGGUGCGAUGCUCGAGAGAAUCUCUCUCUCACAGACAGCCAAAUGGUGCUCCUGCUGAACACAAGUCAAGAGGUGAGGGUGAUAAUAAUCCUCUCCAGUGAAACAAAUGUACUCCUUCAGUUUGAAAAAUCUAAAUCAAUAAUAUUAUGUUUUCAGAUUUCUGCUGCUCCAGCUGGUGAUCAUUUACUAGACGACAGAGAUGAAGAUGCUGAUGAAGACGAGGCGCUUUUUGCUGACCAAGCUGCUUCAGAGAGUGCCAACAGAAGCAGCAGCUUCCUCUUUGACAGCUUGUACAGCAGCUCCCUGCUGGCUGGUCUGAGCCCACCUCAGAUCCUCGACCAAUCAGGGGAAGAGGAGGAGGCGAAGGAGGAGGAGGAGAAGGCGGAGGAGAGGGAAUCAGUUGGCCAAGAGAUCAGAGAUGACUUCCUUCCUCCGUCAACACAGAGACGAAGACGUAGCAAGCUCCUUGCCAAUCAGGAAGCCGAAGAGCAGGAGGCGAUCCAGUGGGGCGAGUCCUCCUUCAACCUGUCAGAGUGGGGUGACACGUUCUUGGUGGGUGAACACUUCUUGGAGAGGCGGAGCUUGCUUAGUAGACAGACUCAAAGAAAUCAAAAAGAGCAAGGAACGAGUCAACCAAACCCAGACCGUGUCCCAACUGAGGGACAGGCAUCAGAAUUGCAGAAUAAACCAAGUCACAUACAGACACAACCCAAGUCUACAUCGAAGACCGCAGCUCGAAAUGAGCAGGAUAAGGACAGAGCGAGCAAUGAUCGAGGCUCUACGUGUAAAAUCACACAGAAUAAUCGUACUCUGAAUAACAAGAAAGCCAACAUCAGAGAAGAAACGAUGAAUGAAGAGGAGGAAAAUACAGAGCGAGGAGAAAAGAGAGUAAAUAAAGGGGAGGGAACGAGCGAUGUGUUGUCAGUUAAUACAGUUUUCCAAAAUGUACCUGAGGGUAUUCUUUACUGCAGUCCUGGUCUACAGGAGAUCUUUGACAGCUGGCCUAGUAUGUCUGACCAACCUUGGGAUGACACAACAACAGGCCAUGCAGCCAGAAAUACACACAGAAACACUGCAGACGCUCCGGAUGUGCUUCAGGUGGACGGAGUAGAGAGGAAACCAAACAUUCAGGCAGUUUCCACCGAUUGUGAGUCUUCGGACGACAAACACUCAAAACAUGAUUCUGAGCAGGUAACAGAGAGACCAACUUCUGCUGCUGAUCUCAUUCCUCCAACUCAGGAGACACCGCCUGUCACACCAAGAGUCAAACUGACCACCUCAUCGGUGCAAUCGCCGCUAAUAGCUCGUCCAUCUAACCAGUCAAAACCAGCACAAAGUCUUCAGUCUCGACCAGGAUACAGAGAUAAUCUCUCAGAGGCUGCUGCAGAGUCCAAGGAAAGACACAAACGGGAGAAAAAUGCAAAGACUGAACUGGUUUCACACUCAAAUCUAAAAUCAAACCCCUCCAUAAACUCCAACCAUAAUCCAAGCCCACCAGCAGGCCCUGCCUCUCCAUCCUCUCCCCCUCAGAGGCUGCCUUCUGAUGCAGAAUCAUCAGUAAUCGAAGAAGGAUUUACUCUCCAGCUGUCCCAGGAUGCUUCACUCUGUGCCAGCAACUCAGGCACCUUCUCCAUCAUCGAUGUGGCAAGUGACAGGCGCCUCUUUGAGACUUUCAUCACGGAGUGGAAAACAAAGGAGCGCUUCUCUCUGGCUUUGGCGUGUGAGAAGAGGGAGCACAGAGAGGAGCCUGAGGGGGGAAUAGGAGGCAAACACAAGAGAGGUAAUUGACAGAGAUUUGUCGGAGGGACGUGAGGUUGUGGUAGUACGGUUUUGGAUUAUUUUCAUGUGCUGAUGUGCUGCUAAGAAGUCCCCUUUAAUGCACUUCUAUUUCUAAUGUAUUAUCAGUUUGAUUAAUUACACUCUACGAAUUCAACACUACAUUUGAUCGAUUGAUUUAGUCUGAAUUUGUUGUUGAUUUCAAGUAUUACGUUAGUGUCAAAAUUGAAUGAGCCAUUACAACCUGAUGUCAUCCUUAAACAUCUGAGUAUAGUUUAAAGUCUCUUUAUGUAAAUUUAGUAUUUUCUUUGACUACCAGGUUUAAUAUUCUCUAAAAAAACUGCUCUACACAUUCAAGAACAAGAACUUUCUAUUGAUGUAAAAACUUAACGUUGAAAUUAGGGGUGUCCCGAUACAACUUUUUGACUUCCAAUACCAUACAGAUAUUGUAGCAUUCAAUAUUGACAGAUACCGAUAUUUAUUCAAUAUUGGUACAAAAUUGUGCAUGACAAGUUUUUCACUCAGCUGUAAUGUCUUUUUCAUACUUAGACAAAAAAUACUGCCGACAUCACUCUUACUCCAUGUUACUUUGUUAGUAUCUUAGUACACACUGUUGUUGUGAUUUUGUGCGCUCAGCUUGCUGGAUCAGGGCGCUGCUAGAUAGAGGUGCUGGAGUGGAGUCUGGAAUGGACUGUUUGUAUCGUAGUGCUGAUAUCAGAGAUUUUAGAUGCAGGCUGAUAUAAUCCGAUAUUCGCUUUUUUGCUGAUAUCGGACCGAUAUCUGAUACCAGUUCCGUAUCGGGACACCUCUAGUUGAAAUGUAAAGAAUAAUCUGUGUUAUAUAAACUCCCACCCAUGCAUGUGUUUUCUCUGCAGCAUCAGCAGCUCAUAAGAAACCUGACAAUGUUGACGGCUUCCCAGUAAGAAACAGUGAUGGAUUAGUGCUGAUUGGACUGUCAGUCUGCUGGGGGGCAAGAGACGCAUACUACAUAUCAAUGCAGCGAGAGCAGAGCAAAGGUACAACUCGUACUCUCUGUGUAUUUGUGUACUUGUAAACAGAAAUCCGAAAGCGUUCCCUCACUGUGUGUCACACCUCAGGUUUGAGUGACAGCCUGGCUCCUCCUCCUCUGGAUAAUGAUUUACCAGUGAGUGAGAGGGUGGAGAAAGUGAAGGCCUGUUUGAGCCGUGGAGGUGUUGGGGUCAUGUAUGAUAUUAUCCAGGUGUACAAGAGGCUGGCCCUGAGCUGUGGCAUCAGUUUGGAGGGGAACUGUGAAGACCCCAAGGUAAGGGAGAUCACAGAAAUACAUCGAGGGCACUUUCUUAAUAGAAACAAAAUGUGUUUAUUUACAACUUCAGAAUUAUUUUUUUUUAACAAAUUCAUAACUCAGCAGGCCGACUCUGUUUCAAAUGUGCAGGUUGCGUGCUGGCUGAUGGACCCCAGCACUGAGGAGAGGACCCUACCCAACAUGGUGACUGUCUACUGUCCUGAAGAAAUACCUCUGCUCGCAGGACUCGGGAACCCUCACUCACACUGUCCUCGUGUCAGGGCAGCAACCAUGAGUGUGCUCAUACACGCUGUCAUGAACCAUCUCAUUGGUCUGCUGGAGCGAGACGGCAUGCUAAGUAUGAAAUGGAACCACAGAUAUUAAUUUUUUUUCCAGUAGUAUGCUUGAAAAAUGAUGAAAAGUUGCUGAGAUGGUUUUACCUGCUUGUCUCAGAUGUGUUCAGGAACGUUGAGAUGCCCUCUCAGGUCUGUUUGGCCCUACUGGAGCUAAAUGGUAUCGGCUUCAGUGUGGAAGAGUGCGAGAGACAAAAACACGUCAUGCAGGCUAAACUCACAGCGCUGGAGUCACAGGCUUACAGCCUGGCUGGACACACCUUCUCCCUCACCAGCAUCGACGACAUCGCUCAGGUCCGACAUCUUUUUUUUUCCUGACAUGUUUUUGAAACAUGGUUUCCUAAAACUGCUCAAAUACAGAUUUCAACUGUUCUUUGGUAGGUUUUGUUUUUGGAGCUCCACCUGCCUCCAAACGGGGACAUAAAUGGUUCAAAAAGUAAGAAGACUCUCGGCUACACCAGGAGAGGAGCUGGAAGAGUUCGACUCGGAAAGCAGUUCAGCACCACCAAAGUGAGGCUUUCUUUGUUUCGUAUGUAAAGGUUGUAAAUGUGAGCCGUCUGUGCGUAUCAACUGAAUUGAUUUGAUGAUGGCAGGAGGUCCUGGAGAAGCUACGCCCGCUGCACCCGUUACCAGGUGUGAUUCUGGAGUGGAGGCGGAUCACUAACGCUUUGACUAAAGUGGUGUUCCCUCUGCAGCGAGAGAAGCAACACCACCCUACACUCAACAUGGACAGAAUAUACCCCAUCGCCCAGACUCACACAGCCACAGGUGAAAAACACACACACACACACACAGCCACAGGUAACACACACACACACACACACAUAGAGACUCUGAACACCUUUAGCACAUUGUGAUCCUGCUCAUUCUGUUUUCAGGGAGGGUGAGCUUCACUGAGCCCAACAUACAGAACGUCCCCAAAGACUUUGAGAUCUGCAUGCCCACAGAGGUGGGUGAGAGCCCGCCUUCACAGAACAGCCACCAAGUGAACAAGUCAGGGUAAGUUCAGCGACAUCAGGGGUACUAGACGGGCGAGUGUUGAAGGAAGUCCAGUAACAGUUUGGUUUCAUUUUAAUGAAAAAUCUUACAUAGUCUAUAAACGUUUUUUGACCAUGCUGUUCCUGAUCCUUCAAAUCUAGUUUACAAAAAUCUGUCUGGAAUAUUCAUUAAGCAUAAAGAAUAUCCAGUAUCUGCUGUAUGUCAAAGCUUAGCUGUGGUGUGUCCCGAUUGUCUGUGAUUGGCCUGGAUACGUCACCACUAUUCGUGUUUUUUGAUGUCCUUCUAUUAAUAUUACGCCUAAUCACACAUUCCACACACACGGUAUAGCUUGUUCAAAAAGAUACAAUAUGGCCGUAACACCCCGCUGCUUUAGAUUGUUGUUUUUCUCAAAUUCACCCAAGAAAUGUGAUGUUUCUAAAAUUAAUCUAGACUGUAGUUAAAUUUAAAUUUAUAGUUGACAGAUGUACAAUAUUGAAGAUGCGGUGAUUGUGCCAAUCUACCAAACCAGAUGUCAAGUACCUUCAGUUAAGAAUGAACACAAUAGAUAUCGUAUUUUAUGGCUGUGUGUAAAUCUGCUUUGCUCUAACGAGUAUCUUCCAAAGUCAGUAAGUGAAAAUGUUCAGUACACUCUAAGUCGUUGGUAUUAAUAAAGGGAGCUGCUUUAACUUUCUGCCUGUUUGGUAACAGAAAGAAAAGACGUUCAGUAGUUCCUUCAGCUGCAUCUGGAGGGACAGAACAAGGACCAGCUUUCUCUGUCAGCAUGAGACACGCCUUCAUACCAUUUCCAGGUGACAAUAUCAACGUAGUUUCCCUUUUUUUGUUUUUAUAACCUCAUCUCCACAUAGAAGAUCUAUAAUCUGUGUCUUUCUGCACUGUACCGAGCUUUAGGUGGGAUGAUGUUGGCCGCUGAUUAUUCUCAACUGGAGUUGAGAGUGUUGGCUCACCUCUCAAAGGAUAAACGUCUCCUGCAGGUCAGCGGUGUAUUCACUUGUACAUUAAAGGGACAAAUUGCACAGUUAAAGAAAGGUGAAAAACAAUGAUCCGUGUGUCUCCAGGUGCUGAACGGUGGAGCAGAUGUGUUCCGCUGCAUCGCUGCAGAGUGGAAGAGCGUUGAUCCAGAGUCUGUGAACGACAACCUCAGACAGCAGGCAAAACAGGUGCUAUGAAGCAGGAAAGAGGGUGUUUGAUGUGCGUGUAUACAUUCACUCCGUCUCUAGACACUGAUGUGUAUAUGCAUGUAUUGGUUCUUGCAGAUUUGUUAUGGCAUCAUCUAUGGGAUGGGAGCAAAGUCUUUGGCGGAGCAAAUGGGAGUGGAGGAGAAUGACGCAGCCUGCUACAUAGAGAGCUUCAAGGCCAGAUACAGAGGUCUGCAUUUCUUUAUUCAUUUGACACAAAAGUUUUCAAGCAGAGUCAGUCCCAAAGUCUACCAGAAACAGUGAAUUAAAGUUGUCUUGUGUUUCAGGGGUCAAUGCUUUUCUUCGUGAAACUGUCAACAACUGUACAAAGAACGGCUACGUAGAGACCCUGAUGGGUCGUAGGAGAUACUUACCUGGGAUCGUGAACACUAAUACACAUAUAAAAGCUCAUGUAAGUCAGUUUGGCAUCAUUUCAAGCUGUCAGAUGUUGAGAGUGUUUGUUUUAUAUAUUUUUGUCACUCUGUUCCUCUCUCGUCCAGGCAGAGCGUCAGGCAGUCAACACGACCGUUCAGGGCUCAGCAGCAGACAUCGUUAAACUCGCCACAGUGAACAUCCAGAAGCGACUAAUGAAAACGUAUCCUGCAGCUCCACUCUCUCACCAGCUUAUACAAUCAGGUGACCUGAUCCCCUCACAACAUCUAUGUCAUUAAAGGUCUACGAAUGAAAGAGGUCCUUAGAUGCCUAAUGGUAUGUGUUUUACAGUCAGCACUCUGCGCAGGGGUCAGCUGAGAGGAGCCUACUUUGUCCUGCAGCUGCAUGAUGAACUCAUUUAUGAAACCACAGAGGAAGACCUCAUACAGGUUUGUCAUUUUCUUUAGAUUAGCAAUGUAACAUUACAACAAAGAUAUUUUGGAAAAGACCACUUAAACACAUAAUUCUCUGUUUUUUUUCCACCAACUCUCUUCUCUGUCAGGUUGCUCAGAUAGUCAAGAGGGAAAUGGAGACGGCAGUUAAACUCUAUGUAAAACUUAAAGCCAAAGUCAAGGUGGGACCCAGCUGGGGCAAUUUGCAGGACGUGGAUAUAUAAUCUGAAAAAUUAGACGUGCAGUAUCAGAAUUUAAACUCAUGUAUUUACUGCUUAACAUUGUAUAAUUUAUGUGAAUUAUUUGUAAAAAGAGAAAUAAUAUAUUUUAAAGACGUAAUCAAAUAUAAGUCUGGUUUAUGACUGUGCCAUGAGCUGAAAAUGAGGUAUAAAAUGUAUUUAUUUAUCUCUUUACAGAGUACAGUGCCAAAUGUAUACAUGCUUGAAAAAAUAGCUGUGUAUAAACAAAUGUCUCAAUGCAUGUCAUGUAUUUUUGUUAACUUAAAGCACCUGCAAGACACCUGUUGACAAAAGAAGCGGCUUAUCCUCUGGCUGAUGUCCACUACAUGUGUAAAUAUUGUUUUCUAACAGUAAAAUGUAAUAUUUCCCAAAUGUGAAAGCCUGCUGUGACACUACAAUAUUUUUUUUACUUGGAAAUAUCAACUUAAAGUAACAGUUAAUCUUAAUGACGGUCUCUUGUAAUUGUAGAUAAUAAAGAAGCUCCAGAAUGAAUUUGUCUGUUUCAUAACCAGCUCAAAACUCAUUUGAGCUUAAAGGUUUUGUCUGUUUGUUCUAUAUUUUGGAAAGAAAGAAAGUUAUUUUUAAUCAAUAAAUGUACAGAUUCAA